AUGUCGAACCCUGAUGAUUUAGACGAUGGACUAUUGUAUGAUUAUGAAGAUAAAAUCGAACUUCAAGAUGAAGAAAUACUCAACGAAAAGAAAAGAUCAUUAAAAGCCGCAGAUGAGUCAAACUUAUUAAGUUCUGUAAGAGACAGAGAACCAUCUUCACAGGAUGUGGACAAUAAUGUUACUGAUGAUGGAGAUGAUAAACAUAUAUCUAAACGUCAGAAAAAAUUGAAAAAUUCAAAAUUACAUCAAAAAAAGAAAGAACAAGUGGCUUACCAAAUCCAACAGUUGAAAUCGCUUCCAUUGGGUUCCUCUGAGUUAAUAAUCGAAUAUUUUGCUACUUUGAUCCGUGAGAAGAAUCCGGACCUAAGUGCACUGGAAUUAAACGAUUUAUAUUUUAAGAAGACUGACUUUAUCUCUACUGCUAAGUUCGAUUCAAUGGAUCGUAACCUAGUUAAUUUCCCAACUUUUUUGGCUCAAUUUUCCAAAUCUCCAAAAACGGUUAUAUUGUCUAUGUCUAACCUCAGGGUGGCUGACGUAUGUAGAAGUGUUGGUGGAAGCAAAAUGGCUAUCAAAUUAUUUGCUAAGAAUAAAUUAAAAGAUGAUAUAGAAACUGUCGAGAAUAUUUUUAAAGAUAAGAAGAAUAAAAAGAAUCAAAACCUUAAAUACUUCGUGGCUACUCCGACGAGGAUGCUAAACAUAUUGGAAGCUACUGAAGUCCUUUUCCAAGGAAAAGAUAAAUUAGAUAUAAUAAUUGACGCAAGCUAUUUAGAUAUGAAGAAGAAUUCCAUCCUUUCAAAUGAAAAUACUGCCGUUCUUUGUAAAGUAUUGAAACUAUUUCUGGAGAAGAAAAGUUCAGUAAAAAUUUUGUUAUACUAG